AUUCAGAAAACUGCUUUCCUAGCAUUAAGCUACCUGGGAAGGUUAAUCCAUAACUGGGAAGUGACUUGAUAAGCAUGGAUUUCUAAAAGAAAAAAAAAGGAGAGUUUGAAGUUCUUAAAGAAUAUUUCCCUUAAAGUGUGGAUUAUCCUGGAUUAUCCUUUAUAAGAGUCAAAGUAUAGACCCUGAUGGGGAUUGCCUUGCCAUCCAGACCAAGAAGUUUCAUGUUUGCUGACUGGAGAAUCCUCUUCCUUGGAUAGUCAUAGACAUGCCCUGACAGAUUUGUCUUCAGUUGUCCUUUCUUUAAACUACUUUAUCUGAAACAUAAGAUCCUCCAGUCAAGAUGAAAGAGGAGAAACCACCUCAGGAGAAUCCUACAGUUCUACAAAAUGAAGUACACUUACAAAGUGAAGUCCAUGAUCUUGGAGGCCAGCCAAAGGAAGAGAAUAGAAGUAAAGAAAAACUUUUACAUAGUGCAGACCUGCGACAACAAUCCUCGGUCCGCUUUUCAUCACCAUAUUCAUCAGAGCCAUCAAACCAUGACACAGCUCUCAAAAGCUAUGUGUCCAGUUCUCUAAAUACAGGAUUGACUCCAUCUUCAGUUGCACAAAAAUCUUCUAGAUCAUCUUCGACAAAUUUUUACAGAACUGACAACACGAGUAGUGACAGUCCCUCUGUCCCUGUCCUCCAGAAGCCCCAUUUUGCAGUCCUUACACCUCAGCCCAGUAUGUUAGGAGACGGAGAAGACUACUUUCACUCUUUGUUCUUGGACUCAAAGAGACGCCUCAUGCAUUCUGGAUUACCAGAUAGAAAUAAAACAUUGUCUCCAGAUGAGGCCAACAUAUCUAAAUCCAGUGCUCUUGGAGACAUUAAAAUAGCUGAAGUAAGUGGCAAUGGUUUGUUCGUGAAGAUAAUUAACUCUUCUCCUGACAAAGAACUGGCAAUUGGAGAUCAUAUUCUCCAACAAAAUAUGAAUGGUCAUACAGUCUCUUACUAUAAAUUCCACCCAAAUAUUAGAAUGCCAGCCAAUGCUGCAGUAACCGUUUGGGCAGCAUCAUCUGAGGUAAAGCAUCAGCCACCAUCAGAUUUUCUUUGGAAGGAACAAGACAAAUUUAUAACAAGUCCCAACUGUACAACCAUCCUGUGUAAACCUAAUGGUGAAGCUAUUGCUUGGUAUACUCCUAUCCAUUGGAAACAAGCAUGGGAGGGAUUUGACACUGACAAAAAAUACUCCAGAAGCCCCCUGGCAAUUUCAUCACCUAAAGUACAAAUGAAUCGGGAAACACUGUCUACAGUAAUGAAAGCAAAACAAACCACAACAAUACUGGAGGAGCAAGUUCGAGUUUUUCUUAAAAGAGAAAAAGAAAUCCCACCAAGUCUUUUCCCCAAUCGUAGCCCAUGGGGCCUUAGUAGCAAUUGUCCUGUACAUCCCAACUAUUCAUUGUUCACAACACUUACUAUAGGCAAUGAUGGGAGCACGUUGUGCAGACAGUCAAGGUUACAAUCAGCUAGAGGUGACCCAAUACCAGCCCCCUAUUCUUUGUCUGCUGGAACCCGAAGAAACAAAGCUAUGAAUACAAGCCACCUGAAUCGCAAAAGCAGUCGGAAAUCAGCUCCAUCUUCAGGGGAGGAGGAAAUUCAAAUCUAGUGAACAAUAGGAUACCCCAGUGAGCCAUGCCCAGCCUUCAUCACAUAGGAGACGAAGUCAGCAACUAGCAAGAAGGAUCCCUCUGCACCCUUGGGUGUUCACUGCUGAACAAAAUGACAUAUUUAUGUUUUGGUUUCAUUUAUGGAGAGUUGCAGCUGAAGUAUAUGCUUCUUAGAGCAUCCAACCAUUUCCUCCCUCAAGUAGCAAUUUCCCCAACUAGUUUCUACACAGAACAAUUUUGUCCUUGAUAAUACUAUAUUGUCAUAAUCAAUAAAUGUUGGUCUGGG